AUGGCAUAUAAAAUAGAUAAUGAAUAUGAUUAUCUCUUUAAAGUUGUUUUAAUUGGAGAUUCUGGUGUUGGAAAAUCUAAUAUUCUUUCACGUUUUACACGAAAUGAGUUUUGUUUGGAGUCUAAAUCUACCAUUGGAGUUGAAUUUGCAACAAGGACAUUGCAGGUAGAGGGUAAGACAGUAAAAGCACAAAUAUGGGAUACAGCUGGUCAAGAGAGGUAUAGAGCAAUCACAAGUGCUUAUUAUAGAGGAGCUGUUGGUGCCUUAUUAGUUUAUGACAUAACAAAAAGACAAACAUUUGAAAAUGUACAAAGGUGGCUACGUGAAUUAAGAGAUCAUGCAGAUUCUAACAUUGUUAUUAUGUUGGCUGGUAAUAAAUCUGAUUUAAAUCAUCUAAGAGCAGUUGCAAGUGAAGAUGCUGAAAGUUUGGCUGAAAAAGAAAGUCUUUCUUUUUUAGAGACAUCAGCAUUGGAAGCACUUAAUGUUGAGAAAGCUUUUCAAACUAUUUUGUUUGAUAUUUAUCAUAUUAUAAGUAAAAAAGCACUUGCAGCACAAGAAGCUACUUCUAGUGGUGUUCCUCAUGGAACUACUAUAAAUGUUUCAAAUAUAUCGGAUAAUAAUAAUAAUGCUAGUAAAACUUGUUGCUCCAAUUAA